GGGAAUUAGCUAGCAACACGAGUUUAGGUUAAACAUGGGUGACUCUAUAAAUAGGACAUAAACCAUAACACAACCUAUCCAAAGUGAAAUUUGUUUUGUAAUUCUGAUUAUGAUUGGAGAUUCACAAGAAAGCUUAACUAUGAGUGGUGUUCUCGAAAGCAAUGAAGAGAGCGAGGGUUCAAAUGUCAUUGAGGUUGUUAUUCCAAUGAGGGAAUUUCACAUUCCUCAGCCGUUAAUGGAAAUAAUCGUGAGUAAGGUUGGUGAAGAUGGUGUUGAUGCGUUGAAGAACUUGUUGCUCGCUGGGAGAGAGGGGAAGGAUGUUGUCUGCCGCAAUAAACGCUGCGGGGGUUUGAUGAACCUGGAUGACAUGAAAAAGUGCGUGGUGCAGCCACCUUUUAAGCGGGAAAGAACUGGGAGGCCAAGGUGCCGUAUGUGCAACAAAGCUGGGCACAGGUGUAUGGAUUAAGGAUUGUAGGAUGUUGCCGGGAUUAUGGGGAAGAGUUCAUGAAUAUUAUGAUCUAUUUUUUUUUGGAAUGUUAUUUGGUUAUAAUCCAAUAUAUAAGCGGGAUGUUGUUUUUGGUUACCUAUUAGUUUAAAGUUGAACGGGAAUGUAAAACUUUUAAGAUUGUUGGGAUGUUUUUGUUAAUUUUGAUGUAAGAACAU